AUGGAGCUGCUGUCCCUGGGACUAGAAAAGGCCAAUGGGGGUGAUCGGGUGGGGUGGGGGCUCCCAGGCAGAAUUUCAGCCACAGGACGAGAGGAGGGAAGGACACCCUGGAGCAGGAAAGCAGGGGUGGAGCUGGAGCAGAGCAAGAUCUGGGCCCGAUGGGAGAGGAGGGAGGAGCCCAGCGGGGCCGUGGUGGAGCUGGGUGAGUCAAGCCCAGCCCGGCCAACCAGGCCUGUCAACAGCCCUGUCCUGCACCUACCCUCGCGGGCUGGGGCAGCAUGGGGCCCAGAGCAGCGAGGUGGGGUCACAGACAGGGCAGACCCCGGAGAGGCCGAGGUGCAGCCCCCGGGGCGGGGGGGUGUGGGCGGGCUAGCAGUGCCUCCAGCCGCUUGA